AUGCUACAGGUUGGCUGGUCAGUGGCCGUCCCGAACAUCAGUCAACGACCAACUUACUCUAAUGGAAUUGAGAUCAAAAGUGUGACCCACAAGGUGUUAACUCCGAAAGUUUCUUCAAAGGAUAUCGAAGCUGCUUUCGACAAUGACGAAUCAACGCAAGCCCUGUUUCAUACAGAAAAGGGCGAAAAAAUGGUUGCAUUGAUAACUCUUCCAGCGGAGUAUGAGGUUGAAGCUGUAGAAAUAAUAUCUGAUCUACCGGCCAGUUUAAAACAAGCCGUUCACGUGGGCUACGCGCAAGAUCUGGCCGAACCAUCUCCAAGUAUGGCGUUGAAUUGUGAAGCCAAUCGUACGGCAACACUAUGUCGUCCGCACUGUGGACAANCAAGGUGUGACCGGAACGACCAUUGUAUGGACAUUGGAACGGAUCACGGAAACCGGUUGGACCCGGGUCUACGAUGUAGUAAUAAGAGGACGACCGUUCGAGCCACAAGUGGUAGUACGGGACAAUGUCGGUAUAUUAUCAAUGUUCCUCUAGCCAACCGCAUCGGCACUUCAAAACAUAUGAUUUGA